CCAAACCCUCAAAAAAAGAUUCCCUUCUUUCUUUAUUUCUUCUUCUUUCUCACUCAUCACUCCAUAAAAAUAAAUUAAUUAUAUUUUUUCUCUCUCCAAUCUCCAAUUUUCAAAUCGACUGUUCCUGCGGAUAAUUAGCGGUUGCGAUUUGAAUAAUUAGUUGUGUGUGUAUUGAGAUGAAGAUACAGUGCGAUGUGUGCGAGAAGGCGCCGGCGACGGUGAUUUGCUGCGCGGAUGAGGCGGCGCUGUGCGCCAAGUGUGACGUGGAGGUUCACGCCGCUAAUAAACUUGCCAGCAAACAUCAGAGGCUGCUUCUCGAAUGUUUAUCUAACAAGCUUCCUUCCUGUGAUAUUUGCCAAGAGAAAACGGCAUUUAUAUUCUGCGUUGAGGACAGAGCAAUGUUUUGCAAAGAUUGUGACGAUGCAAUUCAUUCGGCAAAUAGCCGCGCUGCUAACCACCAGCGAUUCUUAGCUACUGGAAUUAAAGUAGCUUUGAAUAGCAGUUGUAAUAAAGAAGCUUCUAAAAGUCAACUGGACCCGAAGCCGCCAAAGUCAAACGUACAACAACAACAACAACAACAACAGAUUGGUCUGAAAACAACGCCGCACAAUGUUUCUGCUGUCUCGUCGCCAUCUUGGGCUGUUGACGAUUUGCUUCAAUUUUCGUAUGACUCUUCAGACAAGAAGGAGCAGCUCGAUUUUAACGAGCUGGAGUGGCUAACGGAGAUGAAUCUGUUCGGCGAACAAGUUCCACAAGAGGCUUUAGACGCGGCAGAAGUACCGCAGCUACCGAUGUCUCAAUCCAAUACCAUGAACUCUUAUUACAGAGCGCCAAAAUACUAUUCCCCGAACAAGAAACCUAGGAUCGAAGACGACGACGAAGAGUUCUUCACGGUUCCCGAUCUUGGUUGAUUCUUCUUGAUAAUCGGAUUUAUUAUUAUUAUUGCUGUGUAUUAUAUAACUUUUGCACUUACAACUAAGGCUUAAUGUAAUAGUGAAUUGGCUUAGUGAAUGUUUUGGCAUGCAAAAAUGAGAAUGAUGGCAUGCAUGUAAUAAUAGCUGAAUGGUAUCUUUUGUUGUAUUAUGAAAAUUUAUUACCUAGUGAUAUUCUGUCACACAUGCUUUUGUUGAAGUUGAUUUUUUAUGUUA